AUGGAUUUGAGGUCAACACUUCUGGUCAUUGGAGGAUCUGCGUGCUCCUUCAAACUGCUGAACACGAUUGUCAGACUUCUGCCAACACCUGUGCCAGCAAGCAAGAAAGCCUGGAGGUGGAGGAAUAUCAGCACUUCUUUAGCUCACAGCUCGCUGACAGGAGCAUGGGCUGUGUUGUGUUUCUACCUUCAACCUCAGGCGGUGGAGGACCUGAUCUCCUCUCACUCUGUGCUCUCCCACAGUCUUGUAGCUGUGUCUACAGGUUAUUUUAUCAACGACCUCUUGGACUUGGCCAUGAAUCAGUCAUUCAAACAGUCCUGGGAGCUGCUCUUCCACCACUCUGUGGUGAUCUCCUGCUUCAGUGUUGCUGUAACGACCCGUCUCUAUCUGGGCUUCGCUGUGGUGUCGCUGUUUGUUGAGAUCAACUCUGUUUUCCUUCAUAUCAGACAGCUCCUCCUCCUGUCAGGACAGAGGAACAGGCCCGGGACUGAAGCUACAGCCCCUCGCCCCUCUGUGGCCUACGUAACGACCAGCUGGCUCAACAUGGGAACGUAG